AUGGCGUGGUCGCGCAGAGCUGUGCAGUUGGAUGUCAACUGUGCCAUAUUCAGCAACAUCGCGGCGCAAAUUGAGACAACUUCAUGCUGUGAUGCAAAAGCUUGCCGCACCUUUCUAGAAGCGCAGCAAGAGCUUGGGACAGGUCGACUCGUGACACUUGUGUGUGCUUCAGCUCUAUGUCCCUUGAGGCUUGGCCGGGUUGGCGGAAUGGCACUUGCUCGGGGAAUCCAUGCAAAGGAUGGAACACUUGCAGAGACCCCUUCGCUGCUCUUCGCCGCUCUUGCACUUGUGUCCUUGCCUCCAAGCAUUGCAAACAUCAUGACGGGUGAGAUGCACGCCCUCGAGCUGGGCUCACCCCAACAGGGCAAUCUCCUGGUCACGAAUAUGUGCCCCUCCUUUGACCACAUAGCAUGGGCAGCGUUGGUCGCACCUAGCGCAAACUUGCCUUCAUUGUGCCAGCUUGAGUCAAAGGAACUCCAAGUGCAGCUUGGCACGCACACAGGCUGGAUUGCAAGGGUUCCGAUAUGGUUUCAGUGCAAGCGCAAAGUGUCUCGUCUGUUAUUGAAGAGUGGAUGCAAGGACCACAUCGGCAACCACAUUUUCUUGGCAAGUCAACUGCGGCAACUGGCAACGACUUCAAUGAAAUCAAUCACUUGA